AUGGCGGCUGCUUCGUCAAAUGGCAGCAUCAGUUCCGGUGGCAGUGGCAACAACAAUAAUAACAACAAUACCACCUCCAUCAUCAACAACAACAACAUCGAGACGGAUGAGUUCAUCAAAAAGAGCCGGGUGACGCGAGCCGCACCACCCAAACCGGCCUACGAUCCGUUGCAGUUUGUCCAGAUCAAACCGGCCAAGCUGUACGAUCUGAACAAGGCGAAACCCUCGAACGAGCGCAAAGUGCUGGAGGUUAAAGCGCACCGUGAGGUCGAGGACGCCGAAGAAUGGCAGUGCAAUUUGGACAGCUGGAAGUCGUCGCGCAGGAAACGCGUCGAGCACAUCAUCGACAAGAUCACGGAGGCGAAGAAGAUCGAACAAGAGGAGGUGUACCGGGGUCGGAAAAAAUCGAAAACAUUUUCCGAGAUGCUGGAAAACAGUGGAUCGAGGAGACGGUUCAUCCUGCCGGGUGCCGAGGAUGACGACGAAGGAGGCAGCUUUAGCGAUGACCCUCAGGAGCCGGGAGAUGCGGGGUCCAAACAGCAGUACAAGGACGAAUCGACGGAUGAUCGUGCGACAGACGACACGGGCAGUUGCUGUUCGUCUAAGCAUCUCGAGGGAGGAUCAAAAACUCCCGACUUUGAAGACACACAGCCCGCCCCAGAGAUGAACGAAUUUUCGUUGGCAAUCGAAAACUACAAGUCUAAGUUUCCCAUGACACAAGGCAGGAUGUCGUCGUUGAACGGCGGCAACACGACCGUUAACGCGUAUCCCUCCGUAAGCAGCUCAAUCGAAAGCAACAAUGACCACGAGGCCAGUAUCGCUGGCGAAGACGGCAGCAGUGGCGUACAAAGCCCGGUGGUAGAGAAUUCCCUGGCGCAAAGAAUGUCUUCCCUCACGAUGGAACAACGGGAACGGGUACGAGAACAACAAUCUGAUGCUCCGGUUAGUGGUACGGAGAGUAGCUCGUUAGAGAUCGACGACGAACCACCACAACAGAAGAUGCAGGACGAUACUCCAAAGGUGAAUGUGAUAGAGCGGCGAAGAGUGUUCGAGCAGUUCCAGCAGAUGGGCUGUUUGACUGACACGGCGCCACCGGCAGCUAACGGAGGGAAAUGUUCGCAAUCAGGAUCCUCGGUUGGGCAGGACGAUCGAUUCCUCGUGGAAGAUGGCUCAACAUGCUCUCAAUACGAGUCCACCACGACAAGCUCGGAAUGGUUCGCUGCAGGAAGCAUUAAGGAGCGGCGGGCAAUCUUUGAACGGUAUCAAUCAAAUGAAAUGAUCGCGGAAGAGCAGCAGGAACAUGGAGGCGGUCGCAGCCGGAGUAGCAGCACGAUCGUCGUUAAAAGCCGUUCCGAAUCGAACGUUGGCUUUGUCAAUGGAAGUACUGGCCGGUUUGAGCUUGCCUUGACACAGCUCAAACGGAACGGUGCCGAUUACUGCGAGGACAGUGGCAUCCAAUCGACGACGGAUUUGUCACGCAGCUCGGUCGUCUCGCAAGCGGAUGAUAGCGAACCGUCGAUGUUACUACUUCCGGACGAUGUCGCCGUGGGCAAAAGUCCAACCCGUUCGACGACGCUGGAUUCGGCGAGUGAAUUUUCCGACACGGACUGCAGCAACGGACAGUUACUCGAUAAUGCACUCGAUGUGGCGUUCGAAGAGAUGGAUAGCGAAUUGAAUGAGUCAUGCAUGGCGGAAGAUGAGGACACCCAUCAGGAGCAAAACCGGCAAGCGGAGCAGGAUACGGCAAUAGCACCAUUGAGUGUCGUCAAUCUGGCGCCCGCUUUUGAUCCGGUGGAUAAAGAAUUUGGCAAGGAGCCACUCGACUUGAUGACUCUGCCAGCGUCGGCUCUUACGCCACCAAAAGAAAAACCACCGCCUCCACCGGAGGACGAUGAGCCGGACCUUGAGUCAUCAACGUUAGCGCCUGGUUCAACGAUCGUUACAAGCUGGAUUCAAAAGCAUACUCCAGUGCGUACGAAUGGAAGCGAAAGGACUCACGGUAACGCCUUGCUGGUGGAAUCGAACCCCUCGGAUGGAUAUGAACAAAGUUUAAAACAUGCAGCUAAUAAUGGGCAGCGGCAGCAAGAGCUGCUGCAGUUGGCGAGCGAUCAGUGGAAGUCUCUCGAAAGCUACGAAGUGGUACAGCAGGUGCAGCAUCAGCAACAGAAGCAACACGAACCAGAAAAAGGUCCCCAGGAGCGGGACAAGGACCAACAAGAGCUGAUGGUGUACAGCAAUCGCAUCCAGCUGGCUCCACAUCAUCAACACCAGUUGUACGAUCCUGGCGAACACGAGGAAAUGGUCAGUGUUGAACGGGAGCUGCUGCAGAUAGAGCAGGAAGAGCUUCAGCGGCGCAGAGAAAAACAAAUGUUGUUCGAAAAGCUGACGAAAGCUGACCAAACGCCUCGCGGCACCGAGCAACCGAUUCCACAACAGCAGCUACAAAAUCAAAUGCACCAGCAACCUAAGCCUAUGCAGCAGCCACGACAUCCGCAGCAUGCGGCCUACUAUUAUGCCCACCAUCAUCCACAUCAUCAGGCGCCAAAUCAUCAUCUCAAUCAUCACAGAGCAUCGAUGCCGACGAUCGACAGUCGAUCGUUGCAGAACGUAAACGCGUAUGGUUCGUUCGAGGCACCGUUUCUGGACGAUAUGCAUUCGUACGAGAUGGGUUCGCUGCACCGCGAGUCGAUGCCAAAUCUGUCGAAUGUGCAUGUUGCUUCCUCGUCCCAUCCUUCAUCGUUGUCCUCGUACGGUGAGGAAUAUUCGGCCAAUUCGGCGACCAGCUUUGACGGUAGUUGCUGGCCACCGGUAGAUCCCCGACAGGGAGAGAAUGUGCACGUUGAUAAGCGCCCCGCAGUGGCUCCUCGGCCUGUAAUAAAUGGCUUCCUGGAUCGGACCACACUGCCUCCCGGAGUAGUGGGUUACCCAGCAACCGGUGGUGGACAGCGAUUGUCGAGCAAUAUGUUUGAGCAGCAUCCCAAAGAUAGUAACAAAAAUCCACACCAUCCGGCAAUGGUAAAUCGGGGACAGACGGGUGCCGGAACUAAUAGCGUACCGUACGGGCAGCACUGGUUGGUUCAAGAAGCAGAACAACGGCGCAUAGAGCAGCAUCAAAAAAGCAACACCAACAGCACGAAACGACCAUUGCCAAAGUUUGUCAUCGAUGCUAUAACGCAACGUGUACAAAAGCUAAACGCCGCCAGUCCGGAAAAUUCGGAUCGUAGCAAUUUAUCGGAAGACUCAGAUCUGGCAAUGAUAAACUCGAUGAAGCAUCAUCAUCACCCUCAUCAUCAUCCUCAUCAUCCGACGCAGUCGAUUCCACCGCAUCACCAUCAACAGCAGCAGCCGCUUCCACCGCUCCCGUCACAGCAGCAAAAGUACUCCAAUGCGAGCGAUAAAGUACUCAGCGUGAGUGGGAAAAAGGAAUGCUCCCACUGCCGAAUAGAACUGGGUAAGGGUGCGGCCAUGGCGAUCGAAAGCCUGGGAUUGUUCUACCACAUCGAAUGCUUCAAAUGUUGCGUUUGUCACGUUAAGCUCGGGGACGGCACCAAUGGUAUAGAUGUACGUGUUAGAAAGUAUCGACUCCAUUGCCAAAACUGUUUCUCUAGUGAAGACGGUGUAAAGUUUAGUUGCGUUUAAGGAAGCAAGGGUAAACAAAACAAAAUAGUAAUUUAUUAUCGAAUCCCUAUCCAUUCAGUCCAUUACUAAUACAAUUGUGUUUGUACGAUACUUUUGAAUGAUAUAAUGAUUAUUUAGUACGAUUAUUAUGAUGAUUAUUAUUGAAUAUGUAUGAUUAUUAAUACUUGUUCGUUUCAAUAAAAGCAAUAAU